UUUUCUCAAAAUGUUUCAAAUGUUUUCAAAACUGUGCAAUUAAAAUGCAUAAAAGUGAGAUCUAAUAAAGGCGUUGUUGAAAUAUAAUCUUUUGCAAUGCUUAUGUGAGCGCGUGCUUGUUUUGUGUACAUAUGUAUGUGUGUGCGUGUGCAAGUUUAUUAAGAAAAACAAAAAACGCUACCAAGGUACACAUUUAUUGUUUAUUUAUGUAUGUAGCUUGCUUGUUGCCCAGUUGUUUGUUGCAAUUUUAUAAGUUUUGGCUUUGUAUUUAACUCUGCUUGCAAACAGAACACAUACACAAACAAACACCGACACACAACACUUACACACACACGCAAACACAAACACGGACACAAAAACUAUGUACGAAUAAUGUAAACGAGAAGCGCUAGCAAAAAUGACUGAUGUAAAUUGUUUUACAAGUGAGCAUGCAACAACAACAACAACAGCAGUAGCGGAUAAUACAACAACAACACCCACAAAAAAUGUGUUGCAUCCUCGGUCAGCGUCACCCACUUCUCCUUUUAUAUUGAGAGCGCCACCUAGCGCCAAAUCCAAGUUGAUAUUGCAAAACAUGGAAGAAGUGCUCAAUUCGGUGAAACAAAAGCAUCGUGAGAAGCACAAGAGAAAGCGUGAAGAGAAACGACGCGCAGCAGCGGAAGCGGAACAGGCACAACAGAUGACAACAACAGUAACAGGGACAACAACAACUAGCAAUGGGAGCAACCACGUGCCCGCUAAUAAUGAUGAUGUUGAUGAGAAACCAAAGCCACUGCGUGAGAAAACCGCACGGGAAAAUGGCAUUGGCAAUGGCAAGCGCAAGUCCACAGCAAGUCCCUUAAAGUCGAGCACACCACAGGCAACGGAUAAUAAGCAAACGUCCAUCAUGAAACACUUUACAAAGACUGAGAGCAACACAAAAGCUGCCACAAAAACUGCCACAAACGUCUUUGAGCUGAUGAUGAGUGCACGCAAUCGUUCCCUGGGCACCAAUACCAAUGGUCAGUCACCGGAGCAGGCGGAUGGAGAUACUUCCGUUGCCACGCCGCUGUCCAAACGCAAACAAAUGCUGCAGGAUUGGAAUGAACGCAAAGGCGGCGCCAAGCGGCGACUGGCGGAUGAAGCACGUGCCGAUUACAUAGAUAACCAAAUGGAGCAGCGUGCCAAGCGACUGAAGAAGAUGCUGACACAGCCGGAGCUGAUGAGCAGCAAAGCGAACCAAAAGCAGGAAACACUUCCCUCCUCGGCGCCGGUUAAGCGUGGCCGUGGUCGUCCACGCACGCGUCGCCUCAGCGCGGAUGUGGAUGUCGUGACGCCGGACAGCAGCCAUGUUGAUGUGGAAACAGUUGACUUCCUGUCCAAGCUGUCGUCGCCAACAAAGAAGCGAGACAGUCUAUUGGGUUACUUUCCCAAGGUAGAAUCACCCAAAGAUGCGCCUGAUGCGGAGAAGAUAGAAGUGCUAUCGAUAGAAACGCCCAAGCGUCGUCCACGCAACAGCAAAGCCGUAGUCAAUACGCCAGUGAUUGUGGCGGACACCACAACGACCACAACAACAACUCCAUCUGGACGUCCACGACGCUCGUGUGCAUCGAAAGCGCGUUACGACUACGAUUUGGAGGCAAGUCCGACCAAGCUGAAGCAGACGGUAGAACCGAAAGAAACUGCAGCGAAUGAUUCCAUCGAGAUUAUUGACUUGGACAACAGCAAUCCGGCGGCGACACCUAAGAAACUAGCACCAUUAUUUGUGCGACAAUUACCAAAGCCCAGUCCAGAUCCCACAGCACUGCGUGCACGUCAAGAAUUCUUGAAGUCUGGCGUGCCCGAGAAGCUCAAGCAGGAGCAGAGUCGCCAGCGAAGCUACGAGCAAUAUUAUGAGGAGAGUUACGAGCUCUUUCCACGCAUUGCACACGUGGCCAGUGCGGAGCAACACCUGGCAGAUGCAACACUUCCCAUCAAGCUGCCCUAUGCACUGAGAGGGGAAGAUGUAAACGAGUCCGUUGAAGUCACUGUCAGAAAAUGUAAUCUGGGCAGCAUUACCAGCUGCAGUGCAACGGAUUUUGUGGCCAGAAAGAAGCGUCAACUUGGCUGGACUCCAUUGCCACAGCUGGACAACAAGCGUGCUAUGGUGAAGAACUGGAAGAGCGUCUUUGAUCGUUUUCCCACCUUCAAAUGCUACAAUCAAAUGCGUGAAAAGUACAGACAUUUCAGUGCCAUUGAUGCGGCACAGGACACUCAGCCAAUGGGGGAAUCCUUUGUGGUCACACGAAGCACACGUCGCUCCAUGGAGGCACAACAGCAACCACAACAGGAGGAGGACGCCAAGCCGCCGGUAACGGCGCCCAAUGGCGAGCUUCUCUUCACGGAGAAAUACAAGCCGUUGCUUUUCGAGCAGGUCCUGGUGAAUCUAACGCCGGUGCAGGAACUGCGCGAGUUUCUAUCCAAUUGGAAUGGUGCUGGCAAUCGCAAUUCCCAGACUCUCGACGAUACAAUGGACUUUGGCAAUGACUCCAGCUCAAUGGGCGCCAACUGCAAUACAAUGGUCCUUUUGGGUCCUUGCUCCAGUGGCAAAACGAAUGCAGUUUUUGCCCUGGCCAAUGACAUGAACUUUAAUGUGCUGGAGGUCAAUGCGGGCAUGCGACGAACUGGCAAGAAGCUGAUCCAGGAACUGCAGGAGGCCACACAAUCGCAUCAGAUACGCAAGGAUGCCAAAGCUGGUGCGGCACCAGCUAAGCAGCUGCUCCAAAAACUCCAACUGAACGGAUUGAAGGCCAAGAAACAACAGGGAAUUGAGGAGGAGGUGCGCAAAUCUCUGAUACUCAUCGAGGAUGCGGAUAUUCUGUUUGAGAAUACGGAUGCUGGCUUUACGGAUGCCAUCUAUACGCUGGCCGCCAGCUCCAAGCGCCCUGUGAUCAUUGUGGCCACCGAUCCAAACUGUUCACAUCUGCAGCGUCUCAUGCAACAGAAUACGAUACAUUUCCAGUCGCCAAAUGCAUUGAAUAUCUCUCGAUUUCUGGCCGUGUUGGCUCUGAUGGAGAACUGUCCCAUUGAGCUGGACGAGCUGAUAUCCCUGUAUCUGUAUAAUAAUCAAAAUCUACGCAAAACGCUCAUGGAAUUGCAGUUCUUCAUACAGAGCGGUGGCGAUGGACCCAGCACAAGACUUCAAUCUCAAGCAGGGAAUAAGUCUCCAAGUAGAUCGCCCAGCAAAUCCGCUCGGCUGGCCACUUUGGAUGGCGUUCAUAUCCAUCAGCGUCUGUUUGAGUAUUACACGUCUGCCCAGAAUGUACAGCAAUAUAUUCCAUUUCCUGUUGAUUUUCGCCUGUUGCGCUUGAAUUUGAAUGAGCUGAUGCGCAACUCAACGCUGCUCCAGGAACAGAGCACAGCGCCAGGCACUCAGGGACGUGGCAGUGGCACCUCCAAUGCCAAUGCCACCGCCAAACGCAAGAGUCGUUCACCAAAGAAGGCGUGGCUUAGCAACGCCACCAAUCAGAAGUCAUCGCUGGCAACGUUAGCCAACUUUUAUGAGUAUCUGUCGACGGCAACGCUGCUGGAACAGGAACAGGAGCACUACGAUGGCCUGCAGCCACAUCUGGCCGAGGAGCUGGCGCACACUUUGGUGGAGCGUGCAGUCACCACUUGUCUGGCAGCCAAGGAGUAUGCCUACAAUCUAUUCGACAAGUCAGAGGAGCGCAUCAAUCUGACAGAUCAGCUGGGCAGCUAUUGUGUGCGCACCUCCUCCUCCCGCGCCCUGGACUAUGAGCCAACGUUGCGUUCCAUUUGUCGGAGUGAAAAGCAACGUGCCGGACUCGAGCGUCGUUCAAGUCGCUUCUAUCAUUAUCUACGCAAUUGUGUGGCCAACAAUGUGACCAGCUUCUCAACCGAACUGUAUGAUGUGGCAUGCAACGUAUUGCAGGAGCAAACGGAGACGGAGAUGCCUGCCACCGAAUCAAACAACUCCUGACCAACUAAAUUAGUCGAAUAAUAGUGCAAAAAAAAAAAAAAAAGAAUGGUGAAUGAAUUCAAGGAUAGAGUUUUGCACAUAGAGAAUCCUUGAUUGUUGGGGAAGUUUAUUCACAUUGCGAUACGCAAAGUUGAUCUUAAUUCUAUUCGUAUUAGUUAAAUGACUAUGAUGUGAGCGUUGGAUGAGAGUGUGUUAGUUAACUACUAUAAUUAAUUACUAAAACGACCUGAACUAUAUGUUAAUAAACACAAUAAUUAUUUCAGUUGUCAA